GAGCUAUCUCGAAGGCCAUCGCAAUCGGGACAAAAGAGGCAGCUUUCGCACACGGACCGGACGUCGCCGACCGGCUGGAGGCCAAAUUUCCGAGGCGGCGGCCAGAUCUUCCGGAUGCCCCGCCGGCGCCUGCCAUCCCAUAUGAUUUGCGUGCGGAGCUGCGUGAACACAUCGCGGCCGUCGUGCCCAAGUUGCCUGGCAUGCUAGGCCCAGGAGCGAAUGGCUUACUGUACGAACAUUUGAAGCUGAUGACGGCCGUGCCGGGCGGCCUCCACUGUCAUAGCGAGGUCUUGGUCAUGCUGGUGGCUGGGGAUGCCCCCAAUGAGGCGGUACGCACGCUUCGCGGUGGUCGGCUCCAUGCGUUCCUGAAGCCGAACAACGACAUCAGACCGCUUUCCCCUCCUAGUGCACAAUGGCGGGCUGCGAUGAAAGGUUUGUGUUCUAUGGGCGCUGCAGAGUUCCGGGAGGCGGCGGGCCCCUGCCAGUUCGGGUCCGGCCGGCCCGGGGGAAGCAGUGCAUGCCGCGCUCAGCUUCUCCUGGCGUGGGGGCAAAAUCCAUCCUUCGACCUCGUCGGCGUCGACAUGGAGAACAUGUACGGCAACCUGGAUUUGGCGAGUCUUGAGCAGGAGGUGCAGCACCGAGUGCCGAGACUGUGGCCGCUGAUAGCGCCAUGGCUGCGCAUCCCGCGCUCGCAUGUUUAUCGUGCGGCGGACGGGGCCACCCAUGCGGUCGUCGCCACCAAUGGCGUGGAUCAGGGAGACCCCAUCUCGGCCCUCUUGGCCCCCGUCGGGGUCGCACCGCUGCACGAGGCCAUCGAGGAGAAAGGGAUGGCGUUCGCCGUGCAGUUCGCCUGCAGAGGCGCUCCGAGCGCCGCAGGCAUCUGUCGCAAGCUGUGCCAGGAGCGGGCCGGGCAUCUCGACAGGCUCCGGCGCCUGCGCGAGAACGGCCUGAGCACACAGACGGCCAGCGCACUGGCCAGGUAUGCCUCCGCGGGUGAUGCAAACUACACGUGCGAGAAUUUCGUUGUCGACGAUGCUCAAGCAGAGCGCCUCGACCGAGCCUCGUUCGAGGGGCAGCUGGAGAUCCUGAGCGUGGAAGCCCACGAGGUGUCGGUGCGGGAGCGGUUCUUCUUGCCCUGGCGGUCCGGAGGCUUUGGGCUCCAGUCUGUGAAGCACGGUGCUGCCGCGUUGUACUUGGCCAACUGGGCGCGGGAGCUGGAAGCUGCCGCAGAGCGAUCCCCCCGAUUUGCCAGCGGGGCGGACCUGGCACGAGAGCUGCCUACAGUGCUGUCGGCGUGGCUGCAAGUGCCGCAGAAACCGGCCGACAGGCUCACAGACCAGCAGUUUGUCACCUCCGUCCGGCUUCGCAUGCAUCUACCCAUCUUCAUCCAGGCGGGUUCGUGCGGCCAUGUCAGCCGGCAGCAGGGGCGAUCUUGUGGUGCCCAUGUGGAGGCUACCGGCAUUCAUCCUCUGUUGUGCAGCGUGGGCGGGCACAUCGCUGUACGACAUGAUGGGGUGCGGGACGAGCUGGCUGCCCUGCUGCGGGAAACGGUCGCAUCCCCGGUCCACAUUGAGCCCCAUGACGGCCAAGUGGAGGGUGACAAGCAUCCCGACAUCAUGUGGUGGGAUGCCAGGGGAGACCAGGUCUGGGCAGACGUCGCCAUCGUCACGCCGACGCCCCGCACAGUGGCAGACACGAGUGCCAUGAGCGACAAGGAGGGUGUGCUUGUUCGUCACCACGAGGGCUACAAGCGCCGGAAAUACCCGCACUUGAACCUGGUUCCGGCGUGCUUCGAGACCUUCGGCCGGCCUGGCGAAUCCCUGGUGUCGCUUGUCCGCAGCCUCGGCGAUGGUUUGGGUGAUGCUCAACGGAGUGAGUGCAUCUCGAUGGCUUGGCGCCGGCUCCAGAGCGCGCUCGCCAGGGGCAACGUGGCCAUCCUGGCGAGCGCGGGUGACCUCAUCCCACCAUGAGGGUAUACCAUGACACAUAUAAUAUUUCCAUGUUCUUUGAUUGAAGGUUGAACCAGGAGACGCGCUGGCUUGCGCCGUCCGCCUGGGCUCCCCUUCCUUCCUUUCCCCCCCUGGUCGGGGGCCUCCGCUGCUGGCUGGCUUUCCCUUCCUCCUGGCUUCCUCCUCGCCCUUCCUCCUCCUCCCUCGCUUCUCCGCUUCUCCGCCCCAUCUCGGGGCUGUGGAUCCCGCGGCGAGAUAAGAGAAGUGUAC